AUGGAUUCUUUGCAAGUCGAAGGAGUCAAAAAUCUACUCUCAACUCUUGAUACUUUUCUGGAUAAUACAUCUAUAAUAUCUCUUAAUAAUGAUGAAAGUUUUUUCAGCGAUGUUGCUAUUGUGAUAGACGCAGAGGAAGCUAUUAAUUAUACUACAAAUCAAGGGACAU